CCAAUCGCCACUCGAAGGAGCUCUUCUAGUUACCUAAACGAAACAUACACAAACAUGGCGACAAGACAGACAGUCAAGAUGCUGCCCCCUCUUAGGUUUACAAUAUAUUUGUUAUUUUUCUUUGCUCCUGGGACAUUUUCCUCCACCCUUCGUCUUCAUCGAGACCAGCGGUUCUUGCUACCGCAGGACACGGGUUUUUCUACGGUGAACGCAAAUGAAGAAUUUAUCCAUGGAAUAGGCACGGAUGCGAAGCGACGAGCUGUACGUAGUGCAAGGGAAGACAGAGCUUCGGGCAUGUAUCAGCAUCGCAAUCGGCGGAGUGCAGUCGAACCACCCGUGCCAAAGGUGUAUGGACAGGCCAACCUGAACGAUUCCCAUAACCAGAUGGUGGUGCACUGGGCCGGGGAGAAGAGCAAUGUCAUUGUGGCGUUGGCCAGAGACAGUGUCGGAGCCACAGGUCCCAAGACUAGCUCGGUGUACGUGUCUUACGACUAUGGAACCAGCUUCUCCCCCAUCUCAGAGAGGUUUCAGCUGAGUGGGGAGAAGGAGAAAGAGGGGAGCAAGCAGGUCAUCUCCCAGUUCUACCACAGCCACGCUGACAAUAAGAGGUACCUCUUUGCAGACAGCACCAACAGCUACCUCUGGAACUCCUUUGACUUCUGCAAGACCAUCCAGGGGUUCUCCAUCCCCUUCAAGCCGACAGAUCUGCUGCUGCACAGCAAGAAAGCCAACCUGGUCCUGGGCUAUGAUGGCUCCCACCCCAACAAACAGCUAUGGAAAUCUGACGAUUUUGGAGAGACAUGGGUGUUGAUCCAAGAGCACGUGAAGGCCUAUUUCUGGGGUGUGGAGCCGUACGACUCCCCCACCACGGUGCUGGUCCAGAGGCAUGAGCCCCAAGGAGUGUCCAGCAUCCUCAGCAGCACCGACUUCUUCCAGAGCGAGCAGAACCGCAGAGUCAUCCUGGAGAGAGUGGACAACUUCCAGCUCCGGGACAAGUACAUGUUCGCCACCACUUCCACAACUUUGUUGGGGAGCCAUGAACCGUCGUCCGUCCAGCUGUGGGUGUCCUACAACCGCCAGCCAAUGAAAGCCGCCCAGUUCAUGACCCGCCACCCAAUCACAGAGUACUACAUCGCUGACGCCUCGGAGGACCAGGUGUUUGUUUGUGUCAACCACGUCAACAACGUCACCCACCUGUACAUCUCAGACACGCAGGGCCUGUCCUUCUCCCUGUCCCUGGAGAAUGUUCUAUACUACAGCCCAGGGGGUUCAGGCAGCAACACCCUCAUCAGGUACUUUGCCAACGAGCCCUUUGCUGACCUGCACCGUGUGGAGGGUCUGCGCGGCGUCUUCGUGGCCACGCUCAUCAACGGCUCACUCAGCGAGGACAACAUGCGCUCAGUAAUCACCUUCGACAAGGGGGGCACCUGGGAAAUGCUGCUGGCCCCAUCCGCCGACAGCCUGGGAGGAACACUGGACUGCCAGCUCUCCAAGGGCUGCUCCCUCCACCUGGCCCAGCGCUGGAGCCAGCUUCUCAACAUUCAGUUGCGCAGGAUGCCCAUACUGUCCAAGGAGUCAGCGCCAGGGCUCAUCAUGGCCACAGGUUCUGUGGGCAAGAACCUGGCCAACAAGCCCAAUGUGUAUGUGUCCAGCAGUGCUGGGGCCAGAUGGAGAGAGGCGCUGGCCGGUCCUCACUUCUACACGUGGGGUGACCAUGGGGGCAUCCUCAUGGCCAUCGCCCAGGGGGGCUCCACCACACACCUCAAGUUCAGUACCAAUGAGGGGGAGACGUGGACGGACUUCCAUUUCUCCGACAGGGAGGUGUAUGUCUACCAGCUGCUGACGGAGCCGGGGGAGAAGAGCACCAUCUUUACCAUCUUCGGCUCCUAUGCUGACCAGAGACACAGCUGGCUCAUCCUGCAGGUCAACGCCAGCGACGUGCUCGGCGUGCCAUGCGCCGAGGGAGACUACAAGCGCUGGUCCCCGUCAGACGAGCGGGGCAACGACUGCCUUCUGGGUAGAGAGAUGGUGUAUAAGCGACGCACGCCCCACGCCACCUGCUUCAACGGUGAAGACUUUGACCGCCCCGUCACCGUGUCCAACUGCUCCUGCACACGCCAGGACUACGAGUGUGACUAUGGCUUCAAGCUGAGUGAGGACCUGGCCCUCCAGGUGUGCCUGCCCGACCCCGAGUUCUCAGGGAACCUCUACGCGCCUCCCGUGCCCUGCCCUGUUGGCACUACCUACCGUCGCAGUACAGGGUACAGGAAGGUGUCUGGGGACAGCUGUAGUGGAGGGGAUGUAGAAGCCAGACUGGAUGGAGAGAUGCUGCCCUGUCCUGUAGGAGAGAGUAAUGAGUUCAUCCUGUACGCUGUGAGGAACUCCAUCCAUCGCUAUGACCUGGCCACAGGGACCGACCAGGCCCUGCCCCUCUCUGGUCUCCGCGAGGCCGUGGCCCUAGACUUUGACUACGAAAGGAACUGCCUAUACUGGGCCGACAUCUCGCUGGACACCAUACAGAGGCUUUGUCUGAACGGCAGUACGGGACAGGAAGUGAUCGUGAGGAAGGACCUGCAGAAUGUGGAGGCCCUCACCUUUGACCCCAUCAGCAGGCUGCUUUACUGGGUGGACGCCGGAGCGCAGAGGAUUGAGGUGUCUAACCCUGAUGGGGACCUACGUCACACUCUGCUCAACUCCUCAGUGCUAGAGCAUCCCAGAGCUCUGGUCCUCAUGCCAGGAGAGAGCCUGAUGUUCUGGACGGAUUGGGGUGACCGUGCGGCCGGCGUGUACCGCGGCUACAUGGACGGCUCCAACGUGUCAUGCAUCGUGUCCGAGGGCGUCCGCUGGCCCAACGGCAUUACAGCUGACGACCAAUGGCUGUACUGGACCGAGGCCUACGGCGAUCGCAUCGAGCGGGCAGACUUCGCCGGCGGUCAGCGCAGUGUGGUCAUGGAGGGCCUGCCUCACCCCUACGCCAUUGCUGUUUUCAAGAAUGACCUGUACUGGGAUGACUGGUCAAGGAGGGGCAUCUUCAAGGCUUCUAAAGCAGGCUCCCAGGACAAUGAGCUGAUAGUGGGUAGACUGACCGGGGUCAUGGACCUCAAAAUCUUCUACAAGGGCAAGACCAGAGGCCAUAAUGCCUGUGCAGACCAACCCUGCAGCCUACUGUGUCUACCCCAGCCCGGGCACCGCCACACCUGUGUAUGCCCCGACGGAGCGCCCACCACCACCCUACCCAAUGGGGUGCUCCAGUGCCAGUGUCCCACCGGCUACCAGCUCCACAACAAGACCUGCAUCAAGACAGAACACACGUGCCUGCCCAACCAGUACCGCUGCUCCAACGGCAAGUGCAUCAGCAGCAUCUGGAAGUGCGACAGCGACAACGACUGUGGCGACAUGAGUGACGAGCAGGAGUGCCCCACCGCCUCCUGUGACCCGUCCAUCCAGUUCCGCUGUGUGGCGUCCGGCUCCUGUAUCCCGCUGGCAUUCAAGUGUGACCACGAGGACGACUGUGGGGACAACAGUGACGAGGAACACUGUGAGAGUCACCAGUGUGGACCAGGGGAGUUCACGUGUGCGCGGGGUGUGUGUAUCCGCGAGGCCUGGCGAUGUGACGGAGACAACGACUGCAGGGACUGGUCGGACGAAGCCAACUGUACAGUGGGUCACCAUACCUGUGAGGCCAGUAGUUUCCAGUGUCUCACGGGCCACUGUAUCCCUAAGCGUUGGGUGUGUGACGGUGAUGAUGACUGUCAGGACAGCUCUGACGAGGAGCGAGCACACUGCGUGGGGGAUCGCUGUAAUGGCUUCCUGUGUUCCAAUGGCACCUGUCUGCCUGCCAGUGCCCACUGCAACGGAGUACAGGACUGCCCAGGGGGUGCAGACGAGCAACACUGUGAUCCCCUGUGUACGCGCUACAUGGAUUUUGUGUGUCAGAACCGAGCCCAGUGCCUGUUCCAGUCUCUGGUGUGUGACGGCACCAAACACUGCGAGGACGGAUCCGAUGAGGACGUGGCCUACGCCAGCUGCUCCACUCACCCUGAGUUUGAGAAGACGUGUGACGCCUACAACUUCCAGUGUGCCAACGGAGUGUGUGUGAGCCUGGGGUGGAAGUGUGACGGCAUGAACGACUGCGGGGACUACUCUGACGAAGCCAACUGUGGCUCCCCCACUGAGGGGCCAGGCUGCGCGCGGGACUUCCAAUACGAGUGUCGUAACGGGCGCUGUGUGCCCUCCUGGUGGAAGUGUGACGGAGAGAAUGACUGUGGAGACUGGUCUGACGAGGCUCAGUGCACUGGAGGAGUCACGCCCCACACCCCAGCCCCAGGCCCGUCCUCCUGCGCCCCUAAUCGCUUCCACUGUGGCUCGGGAGCCUGUAUAGUCAACUCCUGGGUGUGUGACGGCUACGCUGACUGUCCCGAUGGCAGUGAUGAACUGGGUUGUCCCACAGCAGCCAACGGCACAGCGACACAGGCCCCGUGGCCCACCCACGCCCUUCCCCCUGGUCGCUGCACCAAGGGCCAGUUCCUCUGCCGGAAGCCCCCCACAUGCAUCCCUGACUGGCAGCGCUGCGACGGCCACCAACACUGUCUGGACGGUUCAGACGAAGCCCACUGUCCCACGCGAGGGCCUCUAACGUGUGUGAACGGCACGCGCUGCGCUGACGGGGAGGCCUGUGUGCUGGACGGUGAGAGGUGUGACGGCUUCAUGGACUGCUCCGACCACAGUGACGAGGACAACUGCACCACCGACUCUCUGGUCUACAAGAUCCAGAACCUGCAGUGGACGGCAGACUUCUCUGGCGCCAUCACCCUCACCUGGUCCAGACCUAAGAACCUGCCCCUGGCUUCCUGCUACUUCCUCAUCUACUACAGGCUGGUGGGAACCCAGCAGUGGACCUCCAUGGACACACACAGCAACAAGAGCAGCUACACUCUGACGGUGCUGAAGCCAGACACCACGUACCAGGUGAAGGUGCUGACACAGUGUCUCAGCAAGCAGCACAAGACCAACGAUGUGUUGACCCUGAGAACGCCCGAGGGAUUGCCCGACCCCCCCAGAAAUCUGCAACUGUCAUGUGACAACGGAGAGGACGGCACGGUGGAGGCCUCGUGGAGUGCUCCAGACAAAGCCCACGGACUGAUCCGGGAGUACAUUGUGGAGUACAGUGAAAAAGGUGUGGAGUGGUUCUCUCAGCGAAGCACCGGCAACGGUGCGGAGGUCAAAAACCUACAGCCCAGCACUCUGUACAAGUUUAGGGUGGCAGCAGUGACUGGUCGAGGUAUGGGGAACUGGACUGAGGUUAAAUCCAUCAUCCCCAAGAAAGCUCUGCCACCUCCCUCAGUUAUCACUGAUAGCAUCACAGAAGACUCGAUGAGCCUGUCUUUCAGCUUUAACUCCCAAUAUGAGGUGAGGCAGUAUGUGGUGGUGUUGUCCUGGGUGUUUGAUGCUCACGUGAAGGAGAGCAGGAACUACACCGUGCGAGGCAGCAUACUGAAAGCUGCCAACCUGACCACGGGGACCAUCUACGAGGUGGCUGUGUGGGCCCACACCAGUGUAGGAGACAGCCCCACAGCCCUGUCCCGCCAGCAGACCAAAGGCACCCAGCCGGAGCCUCCCCUCCUCAAGGCCCGGGCCCUCAACCAGAGCUCUGUGGACUGCAGCUGGACUGUAACCGGCUCCCCCGCACAGGUGUAUGGCAUCUUCUUUGCCACCUCCUUUUUGGACCUGUACCGCAGCCCUCGCAGUGUGUACACCAGCGCUAGCAGCCGGACUGUCACCGUGGACAGUGAUGAGCAGUACCUGUUCCUCGUACGGGCCAUCUCUCCCUACCUGGGCCCUCCCUCUGAGUCUGCGGUGGUUAAGAUGAUUCCUAACGAGCGGCUGCCUCCUCGUAACCUGCACAAGGUGCGCGUUGAGAAGACUCAGGCUACAUUGAAGUGGCAGCCUCCCUACGACUCCCCCAGCACCCCUCUGACGUACGCGCUGCACCUGAAGGACGUGGUGCGUAAGACGGAGAGCAGCUACAAGCUGACCACCCAGAACAACACGGUGGAGUACUGCCUCAAGGGCCUGGAGCCCGGCGGACACUACAGCGUCACCGUCCGCCUGCGCAACAUGAGCAAGGAGGCCAGCUCCACGCUCAACACAAUGCCCCUGCCUGCUCCAGAGGCUCUGAAGAUACUGACGGAGAAAGACCAUGUGAUCCUCUUCUGGAAGAGUUUGGCCGUGAAGGAGAGGACCUUCAAUGAGAGCAGGGGCUACGAGGUGCACAUGUACGACAGCCUGUCCAACUCCACCGUGCUCCUGGGUAACACCACGGAGACCUUCUUCCGGAUCAGCAGCCUGCUGGCGGGCCACAACUACACCUUCUUCGUCCAGGCCCGCUGCCUGCUCAACGGACAGCUGUGUGGUGAGCACGCCCUGCUGCUCUACGACCAGCUGGGACAAGAUCCCAGUGAUGCGGCGCGGAGCUCGGGCCAGUCAGGGGACAUGGCGGUAGUGGUGGUGCCGGUGCUGUUCCUGCUGCUGCUGGGGCUGUGUGGGGGCCUGGUGGUCCUGUACCUGAGGCACCGCCGCCUGCAGAACAACUUCACCGCCUUCGCCAACAGCCACUACAACUCCCGCCUGGGCUCGGCCAUCUUCUCCUCAGGGGACGAGCUCGGUGAUGAUGACGAAGACGCCCCCAUGAUCAGCGGCUUCUCAGACGACGUUCCCAUGGUGAUUGCGUAGCGGGACCACCCCUUCACCUCUUCUUCUCCUCCUCCCUAUCACUCUAUUACCACACUCUGCCCUGCCUGUCCCAACCCGUCACCUACGCGCCGGUGCCCAUGUGAACACGACAAAAGGUCAGAGGUCAAGAAAGAAGGUGCGCCAACACUUUUGUCAACCCAACCCCCUCCGAGAAAAAAAAGUCUUAUACGAUUCAGGAUCAAAGGAAGAAAAAGUGAAACGCAACGAGAGAUAUUUUUAAAAGAAAAAUACGAUGCACUUUUUUAGGAUGCGCAAUAACUUAUUUUUUUAUACAUAAUAUAUAUAUAUAUAUAUCGGUUAAAGGACUUUGUUGGGCUGGAACUGAUGCUAACUGUGAAGGAUUAUGAGUUUGUCAGGCGUGUCACGUGUUGGAGUAGUUCGGAGAAAAUACCCUUUUGAACUACAAACUCACUCCAUAAAGAACAGUUCAUUGCUUGAAGCCAAAAUAAGCACCUAGCAACUGGAACAUCCAAUGCAGAAAAAACACACAUAAGGAAAGAAAAUAUACACCUAAUACUGUAUAUGUAAAAAAUAUUAUAAUAACCAAGAAAUGCUUAAUAAAGGGAGUGAGGAACACAAGCUCUUGACACAGCAUAAAUUAACCCAGGAACAAGUCUUUAUGGUAUUUAUUCAUGAUUUGUCUCACUUUAAAGACUAUACUAUUGGCCCAUGGUACGUUGUUUACAGUGUCUGUACUGAAAUCGCUCUGAAUAUGUGGCUGUCUGUUCCAAUGAGAUCACUUUAAUCCAGGGGCGCAACUUUCACUGGGGACGGGUCCCCCCCAGUUUUAUCAUUAGAAUGUGAUACAAAAAAAGGCAAC